AUGGACAACGGCCGCUUUAUGUACUCUCGUCCUGUGGUGGUGACGGAGGACCGAAUCAAGGAGGCCUUGGAGAAGCAAGCGAAGCAGAAGGCACUCAAGGCAGCGCUUGAUCGGCAAGUGCGGGAGGCCGAGCGACUGAAAUCGGAUGCGCAUCGUGCCAAGGGCAGGCAGGGCAAACAGCGGGGUGACCUCAAGGUGAACUUCCCGCUGACCUCCGCCUCGGCGAAUGAGAAGAGCAACGCGCAGACCGCCUCUCCUGCGGUCACGGCUUCUGUAGCCGGUCCUUCUCCCCCAACGGUGAGCACUACAGUUACGCCAGGCACGGUCGAAUCCACCCGAUACACAUUUUCCUGUCAUGAAGGUCAAGGGACCUUCAAAGUGGAGGGCUCCUCUGCGCGUCGCCUCCAGUCCACGCUGCCGCCAUCUUCAGAAAGUCGUGAGCGCAUCGGUGGUGCUACGCCCCCGAAUACCGGUGGUGAAGCUGGUAAAGCUCUCGCCCGGGCACGUCGACAGCCAGGAACGAGCGAAGUCGAUAGCGGCUCGGAUCGGCACAACAGCCGUGGGGGCAGGCCAGUGCCUGCCGCAAAUGGCGGCGAAUACCAAACGAAUUCGCUGCCAAUCAACUUCACCGCAAAAGGGACCACCGGCAAGAUGGCGGUGUCGCCCGAAAGCCGCGGUGGCAGCAAUGCACGAGGGCAUCGUAAGAACACAGGCAACGAUGGCUACGAUACCCAAUCCUUACCAGUAGAGCUCGUCUACAAGGUGGGUCAAGCGAGCAACAACACUGCAGUGGCCAAGCCGCCGCUACGUCGCAUCACAACCCCUCUGCGGUCCUCGUCUAGCGGCCAUGUGUCAGCGCCAGGUAGGCACCAAUCGCCACUGGGCCCGCUAACGGGCGCCGUGCCUGGCAAUCCGAAGGCGGCCGCUCGGGAGAACUUCACGUCGCCCCCUAACGACCGCACGAGAAGCCCUGACUGGGCCGGCGCUGGCGGCGGCCGCCCUCUCUUGUCCUCCCGUAUCUGCGGAAAAGGUGCACCACGUGUGCUGGGCAGCGGUGGCGGCACUCCAGAAGAGAAGGUCAUGGGUGCUCGGUACGUGUCGCCGCGUCCGUUGGCCCGACUCGCCGGCGGCAUCCUCCCUCCACUCAACACUCACAAUGACUCUGAUGUGAUUGAGAUGUCCGCCGUGCUCGACGCGGCGACGCCUACUCGCGAGUACAGCGUUAUGGGCGCCGCAACUGGUGCACCCAGCGGCCCCAUGGACGGUAGUUCCGCACAACCGUCGUCGCACAGGCGGACGAGCAGCACCCCUGCCGAGCGACUUGCACGUCCCUCGCAACCGCCAUCCCCGCCUGAUGCCGUGGCAACGGAGCAGGCGUAUAAGCAGGCAGAGCGAGAGAAGGCGUGGGCGCAGCAGGUGAAACAGAUCAAAGCAGAGUUGCGAAAAACACGCGCGAAGGGGCCGGGCAAGGGCGGGCUGAAGUCUGGGGUCAGAGGUGCCAUUAGCGGUACUCCGCGGCGUGCCGAGACGGCUCCAGACCCACAACCGCACCCACCAAUGCGGGGAGGCCUUGGCGGCGCAGCCGGUGGUGGUGCCAGUGGUGCUCAUGGUCUAUAUGGUGUUGGUGCUGGGACCAAGGGCAACUUUGAUGGCGGUCGCCCUCACCAGGUAGAGAAGAUGGACUUCGGCAAGGUGCACAUCUUCACACGCGAGAAUUUCCGGCCGAUCACCGCCCCUGAGGACGCCGUCUCCUACUUUGGAAUGCUGUCCCCUCCUUCGCUGCCGGCGCUGGCGCAGGUGCCAAAGGCGAAGCUACGCGAGCAGGCAUGGUCGACGAUCGAGUCACUGACGGAGGCGGAGGGAAAGGAGGAGACGAUGGGUACCGAGGUGGGUUCCUCGCCAAGUAUGAACGCCAUUCACACAUACACGAGCACCGUCACCUCAGGCGAAGAAUCGCUAAAGCUGGCGUCGCUGACAACACGCCAAGUGACGCUGGGGCUGCCAGACUACGGCAACAGCGAUCCAGUGCCCAUCCAGUUCAACCAUAUCUUGCAGUUCGUUGAGGCGCAGAUGAUCACAAUGAGUCAAGCAGAGAGCCUGUGGGACUUCUUUGCUUCAUCGUCUGAGGUGGUGCGUCAGGGUGGAAGCGGCAGCAGUGCUGAACAUGCGAGAUCAUCGCUGUCGACGCACAGUACGCGUGACGUGUGGGGACGUGCGGCGCGUGGUGGCGUGAAUGACUUUGUGGCCUCGAUGAAGUCGAGCACGUUAGAGUUAGAAGUUGUCGAGAAGAAGACCGCGAGGAACGGCGCUGGCGCCACCACGGGUGACAAAGACAAUGACAACAACGAUGGAAGGUCCCCUUUCGUCCGGCACUCUCCCUCCCAGCUUCCGACUUCCGCCGUGCUGGCACCGGCGCUGCGCCGUAAAAUCAGUCAGCAGCACUCGGAGCAUGAAGCGGCGUUGUUGCACAAGCCCCACAAGCCACUGCAGAGCAGUCGUCCCCGCCUAAGCCCGUCUGGCUCUGUCGGUCGAGGAGAAAACGGUAGCUCAGGCGGCGUGGUUGGUGGACCCACCACCUCUCCGCACUAUGCACGAGUGCUGCAGAAUCGCUUCGGCACCGCAGCCGAGACUCGUGACAAAGGCGGUGACGAGGAUGAGGGGGGUGCUGGCACCUUUGACACCUUCUCCAACCUGAUACUGCCUGCCGACCUGAACGAUGACUAA